AUGAGACAUCUCGGUGCCAACGGCUACCCGUCCUUUGCAACAAAUAAUUCGGGCUUCUUUGCUCGCCACUUGCGACGAAUUUCGAGCAACCUUCCGCGGUACAACUCGAAUAAUACAAUUCCACGAUAUGGCGACAAGGACAAGCCUUUCCGUGGUCAGAAUAUACCAUUGAUUGGAAGAAUACGAUCAAUCUCUGGCCGCAUGGGUCGAAAGCUGAAGAUCAGACUUCUUAUUGUUCUUGUUUUGCUACUUUGCUUGUACAUCUUCUACCAUUCUCCUCUUGUCUACUGGUAUCGAAGAGCAAGUUGGGGUGGAGGCGGCUCAAAAUUCGUCAUCAUCCUUGCAGCGAACGUGGGAGGAGGUGUCAUGGAAUGGAAAGGUGCCCGAGAGUGGGCAAUCGAGCGGGACAGCGUACGAAAUAAGCGAAAAUACGCUACAAGAUGGGGCUAUGACCUCGAAAUCGUCGACAUGAAGACUAGAAAGAAGUAUGCCCACGAAUGGCGAGAGAGCUGGGAAAAAGUUGACUACGUCCGAAGUGCUAUGAGAAAAUACCCCAAUGCCGAAUGGUUCUGGUGGCUUGAUCUCAACACAUAUGUAAUGGAACCCUCGUACUCCUUACAGGAUCACCUGUUCGAUAAUCUCCAAAACCACGUGUACCGCGAUAUCAACGAAUACAACCCGCUUAAUAUCACCCAUCCUCUCACCUACCCGUACCUUGACAAAUUCGCAUCGAGCCCAGUGGGGGACGGCAACGUCAACUCUGUGAACCUGCUUCUGUCUCAGGACUGCUCUGGCUUCAACCUGGGAUCGUUCUUCGUGCGUCGCAGCGCCUGGACCGAACGCCUCUUGGAUAUCUGGUGGGAUCCAGUGGCCUACGAGCAGAAGCACAUGGCUUGGGAGCACAAGGAGCAAGACGCUUUAGAGACCCUCUACGAGAAUCAUGCUUGGGUGCGAGAGCACACUGGCUUUUUGCCUCAACGAAAAAUCAACAGCUUCCCCCCGGCCGCAUGUGGCGACGGCUCUGGAAAGAAUAACACUCGUUUCCAUUAUAAUCAGUACGAGCGUGACUUUGUUGUCAACAUGGCUGGUUGCGAAUGGGGCCGAGACUGUUGGGGCGAAAUGUACCACUAUCGAGAGUUCAGCUACUGGCUCAACAGAAACCCCUGGGAACGUUUCAAGGAAGACUUUAUUGCUCUUAUCUGGUGGAAGCUGACGGGCAAGUGGGUGAAGCUCUGA